UCUUCACCCCUAGCUCAGCUAGCUUAGCUUUUCUAUGCAAUAUGGCAUUAUAAGAUUCCAAAGCAUCAUAUCAUAUCCCCUCUCCUUUCCUAAAACCAUAGUUGCCCAUCCAACUUGCUUAUUCUUCCCUGCUUUCACUUCAAUCAAUUAGCCGACCUAGGUUUUCACAACAUAAUCAAAUCAAACUGUUUUCUGCACCAAUCCGCAUCAACGUAACAACCCUAAUUUCAUAAAACCACUAUAUAUAUUUGAUGUUCUUGGAAGAUCAGAGGAAGAAGAAGAAGAAGAAGAAUCAAGUGUAUCAUUUGCUGUAGAAUUAACCUAAUAUGGAGAUGAUGAAGAAAGUGAGAUAGUGAUGAUGAAUAUUUCGAAGCAAGAAGAAGGUUGUGAUGGGAAGAAUAAGGAGGAAGAGGAGAUGAUGAGGAAAUUGGGUUCAUCAUCAUCGUCAAGGCAAUGGGGGGGAGCGUUCAAGAACCCAAGAAUCGUGCGGGUUUCUCGAAGUUUUGGUGGCAAAGACCGGCACAGUAAGGUGUGUACGAUAAGGGGGUUGAGGGACAGGAGGAUUAGGUUGUCGGUUCCGACCGCGAUUCAAUUGUAUGACCUCCAAGAUCGCCUCGGUCUCACCCAGCCUAGCAAGGUUGUGGAUUGGCUCCUCGAUGCCACUAAGCUCGAGAUCGAUAAACUCCCACCCCUCCCUUUCCCACCUUCUUCUUUCUCCUCCGCCUUCGACCACCCCUCGCCCCUCCUUCAACCGCCGCUCGCCGCCGCCCCUCCUCCUCCUCAUCACGACGUCAAAGCCAUUGGGAAACAGAAAUGGAUCGAAGAAGACGGAGGAGCUGGAGCUUUAGCUUUAGCAGCUGCCUAUAAUAAUAAUAACAACGUUGUUGUCCCUCAGAAUUUCUUUCCUCACAAAUGGAUCGAACCUUUUCCUUCCUCCUACAACCAUUGGGAGCCUUCCACUUUGUCUUUGGCACAAUUUCACGACUCCCAUAAUAAUAAUCCCAAUAAUCUCUACUUUCCUUCUAUCCUCCCGCCGCCCUACAUGGCGGCGGCCUCAGAGGCCGGCGCCGGCGCCGCCCAUUUCCACCACUUGCUCAACACAACAACAACCUCGACUUCCUCGCUCAUACAAAACCCAGUACUGCUCCCGCCGACUCUUCAUUUCAUAAGCUCCCCCAUGAAAUCAUCAUCAUCACCCUAUGCCAAGGAUCAUCUUUCUUCUUCCUCGCUAACCGACAACAACCAUAAUCAUCUACAAAAGAGCAGCCGCGGUUCUUAGUACAUAGGAAUCAUCGGAUUAUAUAUAUUGAUAGAUGAUCGAAGCUAAGGCCCUGUGUCAGAGUGCGAAGAUAGUGAUGAUGAUGAUUACAUUUUCCGGUGUACGUACAGAUCAGAUCAGAUACACUAUAUACAGUGAACACAUUUAUAUGUAUAUCCGGUAUGCUGAAUUUAUAUAUAGAUAUAUAUAUUUUUUGUUGAUUUCAUUUUCAACGAAAUUAUAUUAAGACAGAUUAAUCCUGGGAAUGUUUGUUGCUA